GCUAUUGCAUUCGCGGCUGCCUAUAUAUACGCAUUUUUCUGUCCAUGACUGACAUAUAGCAUCUCUGCUUCUGAUUAGGGAUUUUUUUGAGAAAAAGAAAAAUGGCAUUGGUAAAGGCUCAGGAAUUAGUUUCAGCCAAUGGAGUCGUCGUCUUCAGCAAAACUUACUGCUCGUAUUGCGCGUCGGUGAAGAAGUUGUUUAAUGAUCUUGGAGUCACUUACAAGCUCCUCGAGUUGGAUGUUGAAAGUGACGGAAGUGAAAUUCAAGCAGCACUAGCAGAAUGGACUAAACAGAGGACUGUGCCAAAUGUAUUCAUUGGAGGGAAGCAUAUUGGUGGCAGUGAUUCUGUAUUUGCGUUGCGCAAGAGUGAGAAACUUAUUCCAUUGCUGACUGAAGCUAAAGCUCUUUCUGUUUCCAGUAGUUCUUGAUUCUGAGGUGCUAUGUUGAGCUUUGGGGAUACAGUACUAUAAAAUAAAUAAAUAACAGUUGGAUGUAAUGUAUUCAGUCGUUUAACAAUGAUGUUAUGUAUCAGUAGGGAAUGCUACUAUUGUGAACUUGAUGUAUGAAUGGUGAUUUGAUUAAUAUUAUGAAGUUGCCGUAAUUUUUUCAUCAUUUUUAAUAAAUAUUUUGUUAUAUA